AUGGAAAACAAUAUUGUUGUAAAAAAAAGUUCAAUAAAGAUUAUUGAAAAAAAGGCGGAAUCUUUUUCAACCGGAAGCAGGUCCAGUCGGAGCAGAAGUGAAGAACACACCGUAGUUUUGAGUACCAGCAGUGUUUUCCUGAACACUAUUCUCCUCUUUUUGACUCCUGCUUUCCUCUGGAGUGGUUUUCUAGUCGUUACCCAAGCCUCCGGGUGUAGCAGCGUCUCUCGGAGCUCAGCUGAUGCUCCGCGGGGUAUCGGGCUGUUCUGCCAGAUACCGUCCGCCUUCAGCACGGCCAGGAUGAGCUUUUCUGCGGCCAUGCACACCCAGCUGGCUGCCGUCAUGGAGGCUCUGGUCCACGCUGCGGUGGCGGAGCUGAAGAAGCUGGUGGAGGACAGCUCAGUGUUCAGGAGCGGGGACCCCGGGAAGCAGCAUCCACAGACGGACACUCUACAGGCAGAGAGCCGGGAGAAGAUGGUUCAGUUCGCUUCCAUCAUGGAGACUCUGGGAAAUGAAGCUCUGGGGAAGAUCCUGAACAUCGUGGAUGACGUGAGACUUGCAGCGGAGCUCCAUGUGGGGAGGAACAGCAGGAGGCCUCAGACCAGCGUCCUCAACAUCCUCAGCAAUGCAAACGUUGAGCUCGAACACUCAUACGGAUUCAGACACCAGAGCUGUGAUGCAGACCAACAGGCCCAGGCUCAAGUGGAGGAGUCGGUCCGGGAGGCACCGUUUAUCCUAGCGGUCACGGUUAAAGACGAAUGUGGAAAUAUUGACCUGGGAGCCAUCGCAGAGAGAGCUCACAUUGAAUCUGCUCCACCUCCAUCUGGCUUGCAGCAGUCAGUGACAGAGAUCUCCACUCCACCGGAUUGUAAUCAGCAGCAGACUUCCUGUAAGCUCCUGUCUUGCUUGGUUUGUGGGAAGUCCUUUUCAUCUCAGAGCAACCUAAAGUCUCACCAACUCAUCCACACGGGCGAAAAACCAUUCGCCUGCAGCGUCUGUGGCCGAUCCUUCCGCCAGCGACAGAGCAUGCAGAGCCACAUGCGCACACACACGGGCGAGCGUCCGUUUGAGUGUUUGGAGUGUGGUAAAUGUUUCUCCAAACAAGCGCAGCUCAAGACGCACGCCAUCAUUCAUACUGGGGAGAAGCCGUAUGGCUGCGAUGUUUGUGGUCGACGCUUCAACCUGCUGCAGAACCUUCACCGCCAUGCCAUCACCCACACUGGUGAGAGGGUUUUCAUCUGCAGCGUGUGCGGUAAAGGCUUCACACGCGCAGUCACACUCAAGUCACACCAGCUCAUCCACACUGGCCAGAAGCCCUUCGAGUGUGAAGACUGCCCCAAAUCUUUCCGGCAUGCUGUCAACCUGCGGAACCACCAGAGGAUCCACAGCGGCGCGCGGCCAUUCAGCUGUGACCUCUGUGGGAAGACAUUCCGGCAAGCAGUGAACCUGAAGAUCCACUGCAGAGUUCACACCGGCGAGCGGCCCUUCGCCUGCCGCGAGUGUGGCAAGACAUUCAGCCAGCAGAGCAGCUUGAUCUCACACAGACGCACACACUCCACCGACAAACCGUUUCCCUGCAGCUCCUGUGACAAGAGGUUCAAUAACGCCAACAGCCUCAAGUUGCACGUUCGCAUUCACACUGGAGAGAAGCCAUACGCCUGCGAGAUCUGUGGCAAGACAUUCAGCCAGGGCAGCCACUUGAGGACACAUAAGAGGCAUGUUCACGCUGGUGGCAAACAGUUCAUCUGUGACAAGUGCGGGAAGAGAUAUGCAGACCAACGCAACCUCAAGCUGCACAAGUGCUGCUUUGCUUGAACCACACAGAAGGGACCGGAGAGUCAAAAUCACCCUCGCCUCAAAGGAGUCUGGAUCUGCUGGGACAUCACAUCACAGCUCAAGUUACCUUCCAGUUUUAUCACAGGAUGGUGAAUUAUCAAACCUCAUAAUGACAGAAGGGGUGGGCCCUCAAACCCUUUACAGUUUAAAUAUGAGCAAUUAUUGCCAUUGAGGCUUCCAUCUUCAGUGUCGUCCUAUUAAAACACUGAUUGGUGUGAGCCUUGAAUUUAAUUUAAUUUUAUGCUUCCUUCGAAUGUGUUUUGUAACUUUAUAGAUUCUAUUUUUCAUGUUUGAGAAAUAUGAAUAAAAGUUGAAGCUCA